CAACCAUUUGAACCAUUUGAACCUUGUUCGAGAGGGAGUUCAAUAUAUACAAGGUCGGCAUCGGGAAUUGGUCGUCCAGAUGAUAGGUCAGUCACAGUCAUGUCCAAGCUGCAGGUCUAGCAAGUACAGUAACCCACAGUUAAAAUUGAUGGUUAACGUAUGUGGUCACUCACUGUGUGAAAACUGCGUCGAAGUGCUUUUUGUUCGAGGUUCAGGUUUAUGUGCCCAAUGCAAAACUCCUAUACGCAAAACCAAUUUUCGUUAUCAGCUGUUUGAGGACCCUUUGGUACAAAAAGAAAUAGAUAUUCGCAAAAAGCUACUGGGCGAUUUUAAUAAACGUGAGGAUGAUUUUGACUGCUUAGAGGAGUACAAUCUCUACCUAGAAAAAAUAGAAAGCCUGAUUUACAAUCUUACAAACGAUAUAAAUGUCGAAGAAACAAAACGUUAUAUUGAGAAUUAUAAAAAGGAAAAUAAAGAGAUAAUCAAGAAAAAUCGAACUAAACCUUCCUCCUCGAUGGCAUUUUACGAUUCUGAGUUAGAACGUGAAUGUAUGUUGAGGGAAAAGCGAGAACGAGAGGAAGAAGAGGAAAGUGGAACUUUAAAAGUAUUAGAAAAUACCCGUGGUUCUGAUGACCCUAAUGGUCCAAUCACAACUGAAUCUGAAGGAGAAAAGCGGAAGAACAAUAUUCCCCCAACACCCCGAACAAAUAUGCUCAUUCCACCUACCUCAGCUUUUGGACGUCGGGCUCCUGCGACAUUUAUCCCACCAUCAGUGUACGCCCCUCCUUCAUACAUACCACCACCUACGCAGGCUCUGGGGCAUGCACCCAGUUCUGCGUUCACAACACGUCCAAUAGUCACUCCUGUGAGCGGUUUUAUGGCUCCACCUUCUAUGCUUCCAGUAGCCCCACCUACUGGUGGUCUCACAAACAACUGGGUCAGUGGAACACACCACAUGAUACAUCUCCCUCCCACAGCUUCUCUCCGGAAACAACAGGACACUGUUUUGAUUCCUAGUCAAAACACGAAUCAUAACGCAAAAAACCAUACAUCUCCACUUCAGUUUGUAUAUGAACCUUAUAUAGUUGAGUUGUGUGGUCCUAUGCCACCACUUUCUAGUAAUCAGCAUAUUCGUUGGAUUGAUGUUCUUCAAAUGUAUGAAAAAACUGUAAUUGCUAAACUCAAUCAUCAAGCACAAACAUCAGCAAACGAUUCCGAAACCAAGCCUAAGUCAGAAACAGGGGAAUUCGACGCUGUAGAUUGUGAUCGAACUGCUGUUGGUAUUAAGACAAAUUACAAGACAGAAGAAAGUUUCUUAAGUGAUGAGGUGAAAAAAGAGUAUGAUAGUGAUGACAGUAACCAUACCGAUAUUAAAAUCAAUGUUUCAAAGAUGGAAGACUCCUGUCCGACAACUAAGUCUUCGGGCCUUUCUUGUCAGCUAACUGCUGGAGCUUGUGGUAUUUCACCUGCUGUUUUUAUAGAAAGGUGUCUGCUAGAAUCACGUUGUGGACUUUUUAUGUGACUUAUAAAAACAGAAAUCUUAUUGAAGAUAAUUUUUGUACAUAAAUUAUUUGUUUUAGAACGAAAUAUACGUUUAGUUAGAUGUUAUCUUCUGUCAAAAUCGUAGUUUGAUGAUAUUUUUUGUUUGAUGAACAAGUUUUCACUGUCAUUAUUUCGGACUACGGUUCUCCGGGAUUGUUCUAAUUAUAUGGCCGUAUUGGGUAACCGAGCUUCGCCUGUAGCUCUUCUAGGUUUACUGCCGGUAUCAAGCCCGGGUAAAGGAAGACGGUUGGACACGGGGUCAGCAACCCGGCCUCGUAGGAAACGGCUUUGUCAAAAAGCCCUAACCAGAAUAAAUAAAUUGGACCAUUUAAACUCUGCCCUGAGAGUUUGACGAUCUUCAUUCGGAGGAAUUGUGGUGCCACAUGGUGAAAGCCAAGAUUCUCCGAAAGUUAUGAGACCGAUCUCCCCUCCUAACAACCAGAGCAGCAAUUAGUAUAGGUACAUGGGAUGGAUGUCCAGACAAUGUGAGAGACCGGGAGGACCAAUCAGAUACCUACGGAAAUGAGGAGAUACAACUUGACAGUGCUCGGAAUCAGUGAAACCCAUUGGACCCAAGCUGAACAGAAAAGUUUGAAUUCAGGAGAUGCUGCUGUACUCUGGUCACGAAGAGGAAGAUGACCCACACACUCAGGGAUUUGCUGUGAUGCUGUCUGUAGGAGCACAAAGUGCACUUAUGGGAUGUGAAUCUCACGGAUCCAGGAUCAUCAAAGCAUCCCUAAGAGAUUCAGAAGUUCAAUGGAAAACGUGUGAAGCAGGAGAGAGCCUGACAUAACUCCAGAUCACCACCAACUGGUUGUGGCCAAAAUCAAACUGAAGCUAAAGAAACACUGGACAACUGGAGAAACAGUAGUUCAAAGGUUCAAUACAAACUUCUUUUGAAAUACAGUCAAACUGGAUGAAUUCAAGAUAGCUCUCAACAGUGUGUUUCAAGCCUUGCAAUAGCUAUCCAACGAAGAUGAGACUACUAUGAAGGAUAACCGGAAAGGGAUCAAACAAGCACUAACUUCAACAUGUCAGGAUGUUCUGAGCCGCAAGAACCAUCAUCAUAAGGAUUGGACAUCUAUCGAAACGUUAGACAGUAUUCAAUAAAGGAAGAACAAGGAGACAGCAACUAACAACAGUUGAACAAGAACAGAGAGGGCCAAGUCACAAGCUGAAUACACUGAAACAAACAAGCAAGUGAAGAGGAGCAUUAAAACCGACAAUCAGAAGUACUUGGAAGACCUAGCAGGAACAGAGGAUAUAAAAACUAUAUGACGUAACAAAGAAUGUGGGAGGGAAAUGUAGUGAACCGUCGAGACCAAUCAAAGACGGAAAAGGCAGGCUAAUCACUGAAAUCCAAGAACAUAUGGGGGGACACUUUAGGGAACUCUUGAAUGGGCCAGAUCCACCGGAUAUCGAAGCAGCACAUACAGUCCUUCCUAUUAAUGUCACUGCAUAAACGACCAAAGAAAUCAGGAUGGCCAUAAGACAAAUCGAGAGCGGCAAAGCAGC